AAUGAACCCAGAAGUUGAGAUUAAGGAAAAUCCUGAUAUUGCUUAUAUCAAGAGAGAUGACAUUGGACUUGUUAUUGCAAAGGGAUUAGCAAAGACUUAUAAAGCACAACCUCAAGACCCAGUCGAUUUCCUAGCUAAGUGGCUUCUUAACCAUUCCAAUGUUGCUAAUGAACAGGAUAAGCAGCAGGAAUCUAAAGCGAAGACUCAAGAACUUAAGGACAGGAAGAGCUUAGAAGAGCAGAAUAAGGCAAAAGAAAAGGAGGAAGAACUCAAGAAAGAAAAAGAGAACAGAGUCAAAAUUGAAGAUUUUAAAGAUAGAGUUGAACAUUCAGAAGAUCUUUCAGAUCACUUACAAGGCUUUACGAGCUACUUACAGGAGCACACAGGUGCUACUGGUGUCUAUAUUGGAAAACUUAUUAAGCCUUUUAAAAAGAUCACUGAUGAUGAUAAUGAUACUGCCCAUGAAGAUCCUGAAGCUCCGGAAAUUAUUAAAUAUAUCCAUGCAACUCCAGAUCAUGACUUCUUGAUUGAUAAAACUCUGAACCCAGACCAAGGCCUUACACAUGAGAUAUUCAAGCCUGAAGAGCCAAAGGAGGAUGAAGCUCCUCCAGAAGGAGAAGGUGAAGGAGACAAAGAAAAGAAAGAAGAGAAGAAGGUCCCUAAGCAUUCCUUUAUAGAAGAGGUUGUCAGAGAACACAAAAUGCAUUACUUUAGAGUCCCAAGAUUGGGCUCCUACCUUGCAGUAGAGCUGAAAUACGACUCUUGCUUAAACCAAGAGUCCUUUGACAAAGCAUUUGAGGAUUAUCUCGACUGUAUCAAUAAGAAGCAGGAACAGGAAAGAGAGAAACUAGAAUAUCAAGAAAAACUUGAGGAUGAGAAAGCCAAUGCUGGAGAUGACUGGCAAGAGCCUGAGCCUAAAGAAUGGCCAGAGAUCAAAGAAAAACUAUAUGAGACAAGCGAGCAUAAAUAUGUUGUUUGUCUUGACACAUUAGGGCAGGAUAGACCUUUCACUGAGGAAGAGAAAGAAUUUGUACUUGAAAACAUUCAGUACUAUAGUGAUAACUGGACUAAGAUUGAGAACAGUGGUCUAAAGAAGGACAUUGAAGAGAGAUACAAAACCUUCCAAAAGGAUAAGGAUUAUAUCGAAGGAGAGAAUGCCAACAAUCUUGCAGCUGAAGAAGAGAAGUUCAUUGAAGAUUACUUCGAUGGUCUUGAUGAACAGCUUGAAGGAGAUGCUAGGGCUGAGAAAACACCAGAAGUUAGACAAAAGUUUUUGCUAGAGAAAUUGUGCUCUGAAGAAUGGAAGAAAGAGCUACUCAAAUUCAGAGAGUAUCAGGUUAUUCGUUUCCCAAGAUUCAUGCAGAGUUUACUCUACUUCCUUGGACAUACCAGAGAAGAAAUCUGAGAAGAGGGUACUAAUAAACUAUUCUGGAAGAUAGCAAAGAAUAAGCUGAAUGAUGGAAUCUUUGAAAACAUGAAGAAAUAUACUCAUGUUGGUCCCAAAGAUGCAGAGUUCAAGCGUUACCAGCUGAUUAACUUCAUUGAGAAGAACAUAGAUGGCAUCACUAUUGAAGAUAUUGAACAGUACUCAUAUGUUCUCUCUAGGCUCUUUAAAUGGCUCACAACCAGCAUUGAUAUGAGAAAGGAUGAUAUCAUCAAAAGAAAGGAAAUCAAAGAGAAAGAAAAGGAAGAAAGAGAACAAGCCAUUGCUGAUCAUAAAGAGUGGCAAGAAAAUAGAGAGAAAGCUAUGGAGGAGGCUAAAAAGGAAUUUGAAGACAAACUUGCUGAAGAAGAAGCCAAUAAGACUCAAGAAGCUCAGGAAGAGAACAAGGAUGAUGACAACCAAGAUGAGAAACCACCAGAGGAAAAACCUGUUUUUGAUGAAAAGAAGUUCUUUGAGACUUAUGAUGCUGAAACUCCAGAGGUCAAGAUCCCUGAAGUCGUCGUUGAUGAUAUUGAUAAUGACUAUGAGGUUCCUGCUUCGGAAGAAUAA